AUGUUCUCGACCUGCCUGCGUACUGCGACUCGCGCCAGGGCUCUCAAGCCCUCGGCAGCUGUCGGCAACCAGCGCCGCAACCUGUCCAUCCACGAGUACCUCUCGAUGAACCUCCUCAACGAGUACGGCGUCCCGACUCCCAAGUCCAAGGCCGCCUUCUCGGCCGAGGAGGCCAAGCAGGUCGCGCAGAACUUCGGUGCCGACAAGCUCGUCAUCAAGGCGCAGGUCCUCGCUGGCGGUCGCGGCAAGGGUCACUUUGACGGCCCGAACGGCCUCAAGGGCGGCGUCCAGAUGGUCGACUCGCCUGAGCAGGCGGGCAAGUUCGCCGAGCAGAUGAUCGGCCACAACCUCAUCACCAAGCAGACGGGCGCCGCCGGCCGCGUCUGCAACGCCGUCAUGCUCGCCGAGAGGCGAACGCCGACCCACGAGUACUACGUCGCCAUCCUCAACGACCGCAGCCUCGGUGGCCCGGCCCUCGUCGCGUCGCGCCAGGGUGGCAUGAACAUCGAGGACGUUGCACGUGACGACCCGUCGGCCAUCAUCACGACCCCGAUCCCGUUCGAGGAGGGCCUCUCGAAGCAGCUCGCGGGCGAGAUUGCGCAGAAGCUCGGCUUCAAGCCCGAGUCGCAGGACAAGGCGGCCGACAUCUUCAUCAAGCUGUACCAGCUCUUCAAGGAGCGCGACGCGACGCAGAUCGAGAUCAACCCGCUCGCCGAGGUCGAGGGCGGCGACGUCCUGUGCAUGGACGCCAAGCUCGGCUUUGACGAGAACGCCGACUUCAGGCAGGCGGAGGUCUUCAAGCUCCGUGACCUGACGCAGGAGGCGCCGUCCGAGGUCGAGGCGGCCAAGUACGGGCUCAACUUUAUCAAGCUCGACGGCUCGAUCGGCUGCCUCGUCAACGGCGCCGGCCUCGCCAUGGCGACCAUGGACGUCCUCAACCUCAACGGCGGCUCGCCCGCCAACUUCCUCGACGUCGGCGGUGGAGCGACGGCCGAGGCGGUCAAGAAGGCGUUCGAGCUCCUCCUCGCCGACGGCUCGGUCAAGUCGAUCUUUGUCAACAUCUUCGGCGGCAUCAUGCGCUGCGACGUUAUCGCCGAGGGCAUCAUCCUCGCGGCCAAGGAGCUCGAGAUGACGAUCCCGCUCAUCGUGCGCCUGCAGGGCACCAAGGAGAAGGAGGCCAAGGAGCUCAUCCGCGAGAGCAACAUGAAGAUCUUCGCGUACGACAACCUCGACGAGGCGGCUGCGGAAGCCGUCAAGGCCGCGUCGGCCUGA